UCAACAGACUUUAGGUCUAUCACACCGGAAUUCUCCUUUAAUGUGGGUCAGGCUAGUCAAUUUCUGCAGUGCAAUACAAUGUUGAAAAAAAAAAAUCAUGCCCCAAAUACUGGAUUUAUAUAUGAUCUCCAAGGAAUUUCUUGAAUUUUAGAGCAAUUUUGACACUCAAAAAACUACAUAUAUUUUUGUAAGAAUAGGCCCACUAGUUUGUGGCACUGCUGGCAGACAAACAAACAAACAAACAGACAAACUGAACCUGAAACAACCUUGGCGGAAGUAACCAGCUCAAGCGAAGACUACAGGGGGGAUUCCAAGUAGGCCACGUGGUUUACUGACAAACCUGGGUAACUCGGUGACCUUGUUUUGCAAGGAGAAUUAAGCCAUUGGAGGUUUACCGCUGUGUGCAUGGUUCCUAACUUAAGCUGGUUGUGGUUAGGCAUACUAGGCACUAAAACAGUCUUGGAGAUUAUUUAAGACUCACCUACACUUCAUUGCAAAAAGUCAAUUAAAUCAAAAUGACCAAAAGCCAUAACAAGGACAUCCUACAUUUUCAAAAUGAGAAUGGCUGAUAAGCACUUUAAGCUAGCACUUUGUUUUUUAAAAUGGCAGACCAAAAAGCUUUAGUUCCAUACACCACUUUUUUUCAGUCAUGCCAAUAAAACACUCUCUCCACACCAUGACAAGAAGCGAGUCCAGUAGUCAUUCCUUAUCUUUCCUCCUCUGUUCUUCAAGCCAGCCCCUCCUUCUCUUUAAACAGAUUUCACACUGAUUAGUGAGGGGGGAGAAACCAUGUGGAAGUCACAUGAAUCCCGACGAUGAGGCGUAAACAACUGGGAGGAAACCUGAGGAGCGCUGCACUGCCUCACAAACGCUCAACCACGGUCAGGGACGAGGCUCGCCACUUCUAAAACAAGGGGUGCACCCCCCUUUCCCUCCUCCUCUUCCUCCUCCUUCCCCCUUCCUCCUGCCCCCCUCCUUGGAACGCGCCAUGAACUCUACUACCCAGCCUCCCUCCAUCGCAGACAAAGAUGUGGCGGUGGGCUACGUGCUGGUCCCCCUCUUCCUCGUCACCAUCAUCGGAAUUGUGACAGCAGUGGUGCUCUACAUACGGAGGAAGCGAAGGCUCGACCGGCUUCGACACCAGCUGCUCCCAGUUUACACAUAUGACCCCUCAGAAGAGGUGAACGAAGCCGAACAAGAAAUGCUCUGGAGGGAGGAGGACACUAAGGUGGUGCAGAGCUGGGUGAGAAGCUACCAGCAAGAGCGCCCUCUGUUGAUGAAAGAAGCUCAAGGAUGAAGAGGGGGAGGGCAUCCAUUGAAAGCAUUUCAGCUGCGCAUUGUGGACGACACACACUCUGGUGUCCACCAUCAGGGAGGAUCCCAGGUAUCUUCUGAGGGGCAGGGUUGUUGCACUGCGGGCAUCUUGCCUGACCACCACCCUGUGUCUUUCUUAACCCCACAAAGUCCUCAUCUCAUCACAUCACCUCUCAUUUUCUCACUUCAUUUAAAUCGAGUCUCAUCUCAGGACUCAAAUAACCACUGGUGGCACGCAUCACUGUAUAUAGUUACAACUUUCUGUUCGUGGUACAUUUGCUGUGUUGGUUGCAUUUAUUGUAUUUUAUUUGUGUUAUGUUUGUUUGUUACAAGUUUAUUUAUGGAAUGUUUUUAUCUUGUGUUAAUGUGUUGCUGACUACUGAAACCUGAGGAAUACCUUUUUAAGCAUAGGCGUGGUUAGGUAGUUUACACUGAUGAAAAUUAUAACAUAACUAUAUAAAGACGCACCUUAAUAUAUCCCUCGUCAGGCACAGUGUGUGCGACAGGACUUCUCUGCCAAUGUGAGGUGAAGUGUCAGAAGUGAAAUGAAGUGUCCUUCUGAAUGCAAUCAGAUAACAGACAUUCAUUCCCACAUGAGAAUUUCUCGAUGUUGGCUGGUAUUGAAGCCAGAAGUCAUAAAUAUUUUUUCUGGGACUAUUUUU